AUGACUAAAGAUUUCGGUGUUCAGUUCACAACUAAUGAAAUUCUCCGAACAUCUAAUAAAAAAGAAAUAAACAAAGUGGCUCCCUCACCGUGUCAGCUCAUAUCAACACCGAAACAUUUACAAAGAGAUAGGAAGUGUAUUCACUGCAAGCAUCUACAAUGUACCAGCAGUGUAUCAGCUAGACGACAGUGCAUAAAACAGAAUUUAUUCAAGGUAAUUCUGAAUGAUGGCGAUGUAACGAGAAGUAAGGUCGACUCAACAACUCCAACUCCCAAGCCCCGUACAAUUCACUUGAAGUGUGACAAAUGUGCUCAUAAAAAUGAUAUUUCAAGAUCAAUUUUUACAGACGAACCCAUAGCAUGCACCACAAGUAAAGAGUACAAUGUCAACAAUAUUAUUAAACACGUUCCAAAACCCGUGAUUUGUCCAACAACUUCAUUGUCAUUAACGAAAUACAGAGUAAACUCGAAUCCUGCAGUAUUUAAACAUCCUCAUGGUAACAAGAGUAAUAUAAAUGCCUUAGAUUUGCAAGGCUCAAAAAUCCCUUACUCACAAAACUAUCUUUACCACUUGAAAGCACAAAGAGAAAAGGAAGUCACAUCAAUACCCAGUACGCAUCAUUCUUACUACUGUCAUAUUCAUGAUUACUUCUCAGUGAAACCUUUACUCUACAGUCAUGCUAAGAAAGCAUCACAUGAAAACACCGUUAAUAUCUUUACUCAUAAUGAAGAAGGACAAAGUACGCAGACACAUUUAAAACUUGAAAAACGAUUACGUCUCCUUCAUGAACGCCUGUUACCAGAGUUUCACUUGUCUUCUUCAAAUAGACAUGAGCAACAUGGAAGAGAAAGGCAAGAAAAAGAGGAAUACAUUAUGUUACAAGACGAGGCAGGAGAUGGACUGAACUCAGUGCUAAAGGAAUCGAACACAUUCUACAAGUUUAUUGAGAACUUAAGUGAAACCGAAUGGGAAAUUUUGAUGAAAAUAUUGGGAAACAGAACUGAUUGUGAAGUCGCAUAG